CUGCGCAGGCGCAGAGAAAGCCUCAGCCUACACACAGGACCCAGCGCCUCUGUUUGGGGCCAUCAUGAAGGAUUCCUUGGUGCUCCUGUCCCGCAUCGCUGCGCAUCCGGACUCCCGCUGCUGGUUCCUGGCCUGGAACCCAACGGGGACCCUCUUGGCUUCCUGUGGAGGGGACCGCAGCAUCCGCAUCUGGGGCAAAGAAGGAGAUGCCUGGCUGUGCAAAUCUGUCUUGGGCGAAGGGCACCAGCGGACGAUCCGGAAAGUGGCCUGGUCACCUUGCGGCAACUAUCUUGCCUCAGCCAGCUUUGAUGCCACCACCUGCAUUUGGAAGAAGAACCAAGAGGACUUCGAGUGUGUUGCAACCUUGGAGGGCCAUGAGAACGAGGUGAAGUCUGUGGCCUGGGCUCCGUCCGGCUCUCUCUUGGCCACCUGCAGCAGGGACAAGAGCGUCUGGGUUUGGGAAGUGGAUGAAGAAGAUGAGUACGAGUGCAUGAGCGUGCUGAAUUCCCACACGCAGGACGUCAAGCACGUGGCCUGGCAUCCCAACCAGGAGCUGUUGGCCUCGGCCAGCUACGACGACACGGUGAAGUUGUACCGGGAGGAAGAGGACGACUGGGUGUGCUUUGCCACCCUGGAGGGUCACGAGUCCACCGUCUGGAGCCUGGCCUUCGACUCCAGCGGGGAACGGCUGGCCUCCUGCAGCGACGACAGGACCGUCCGCAUUUGGCGCCAGUACAAGCCGGGCAACGCGCAAGGGGUGGUCUGCUGCGGCACCGAUCCCACCUGGAAGUGCGUCUGCACCCUUUCCGGCUUCCACACAAGGACCAUCUACGACGUGGCAUGGUGCCACUUGACGGGCGCCUUGGCCACCGCUUGCGGGGACGACUCCAUCCGGGUAUUUGAGGAGGAGCCCAGCUCGGACCCCCAGCAGCCCACUUUCAACCUGGUGGCCCACGUGGCCCGGGCCCAUUCCCAGGAUGUCAACUGCGUGGCUUGGAACCCCAAGGAGAAAGGCCUGCUGGCUUCCUGCAGCGACGAGGGAGACAUCGCGUUCUGGCAAUACCAGCACCCCGAGGCCUGAAGAGGUGCUCUCCUGUCUUUAAUACCCUAGGACAUAUAGGGUUCCCCCAAAAUCAACCUGGAAAGCUGGUUCUUCCAUAGCAAUUCCUGUUAUUCCCUAAAUUUCUACUGGAGGGGUGUCCUUUUUGUACUAAAACAAACUUUCGGCCCUCCAGAUGUUUUGCACUCCAACUCCCACAAUGCCUAGCUGCCUACCGGUGGUUAGGAAUUGUGGGCGCUGAAGUCCAAAGCACCUGGAGGGCCAAAAGUUUGCCCAGGCCUGUUCUAAGACAAGGACUAAGAGGUAUACUUACAGAAACAAGUCUGAAAGAAAUAAUAAAACCUAAACACGGUA